AUGCGGUACGCCAGUUCCUCGCCGGAGCUUAGCGACCCUCCGUCUGGACUAUCAGAGACCACCUCACCCACGCACUACGCAAGACGCAGGUCUGGCGGCGAGCUGGACGAGAUAGUAGUCGACCAUUCUUCCUACAGAUACGAUGUCUCUGGUCAACCCGUGCUCACAAAAGACGGUGUGCCUCGAAGAAAACCAGGCCCUAAGCCUGGCACGAAGCUCGGCAAGCGCAACAGCAGCCACAAUCCCGAAGGCUCAGAUGCUGGCAAGGUCCGAAAGCCUAGGAAGCCUAGAGAUCCCAACGCACCUCCGGUCCAGCGCAAACGCAAGCUCCCCACAAGCGAUGCUGAAGCCCCCGAGCCGCAUGUCGAAGCUCGCUCCACCAGCAUCGGCGCCGGACCUCCACGCCAGACCAAGAUCACAGAGAUGGCAAUCACGACGGGCAGACUCGAGCCCAUGGCGCAGCCCUUGAAGAGGGAGAAUUCUACGAACCAGCCCCGAGUCUCAAACAUGUCGAGCCUCUUGAACGCAGACCCAGAACCGCAAUCGCCAGCACACGCCAGUCCAGCACCUCCCCGGCCUAGUGGUAGCAGUUACGACCCUAUCCGCUCAAGCUAUGAUCCUGUUCGCGGAACCAUGGUCACGCCCAGCUAUUCGAAUCCCUUGGCGUCGCCGCGCGCACCUACCAAUAUUAUCAACCGUGCCAGUGCAUCUCCGUCCAUCGCAAGUCUGGUAGAUCCGCCCUCCCAGAGCAUCAUUUCGCCGAUCCCAACCCACACCACUUUCGCUCAGAGUGUCACGCAUCAGUCACAAACGCCCCGCCAGGAACCAACCUCGAUUCCCAACUCGCCUCAACCGUUCCGCCAACCCAAAGAGUUCGCGCCCCCACCGGCGCCGAAGCCUACUCCCCCCGAGAUGAAGAAGCACGCACUCCCGAAUGUCACGAAAGCCCAGAUCGAGAUUCGACCGCAAUCGAUCACCAGUAUUGCCGCCCACUCGAAGCGAACACCGCCAAAGAAUCAAGCAUCACCUCCUCUAGGCGCCCAGAAGAAUGGCCUCGAGCUUCCAGGUGACGAAAGAUCUAUUCUGGACUUUGGCAAGUCUGCUCCUGGCGAGCUCGACACGCCUUCGAUCGUAUUACAUAUUCCUCUCAGUAGUGAGACCAACAAGUAUGUCAAUUUCAUGCGCAUGGCAGAGGACCGGUACGGUUGGGAUGCACUUCACCCUCGCCAGGCUGAGGCGAAAGCCCGCAAGGCGCGCAUCGCUGCCGCCGCCAAGGAACUUGCUCAACAGGACUCUGGUCGCACCUCCGGCGACGAGAUGAGUGUUGAUGAGUCCGAUAACGACGACAGCAACGUGGAGAUGGGCGGUGUCACCAGCGGCGCUGACAAGCCCGAUGGUAAGAUCAAGAAGAAGAAGCGGCAUUUCAAGGAGGACGAAUAUGACAGGGAUGACGACUUUGUUGAUGAUUCGGAAAUGCUAUGGGAGGAGCAAGCUGCAGCUAGUCGAGACGGUUUCUUUGUGUAUUCUGGCCCACUGGUGCCGGAGGUCGAGAAACCUGAACCUGGACGUGGUGAAGGCAGACCAGCACGUGGCCGUGGCUCCCGAGGAGGUCGCGGCGGGUCUGGACGAGGCACUGGUACCGGCCGUGGCCGCGGUGGCGGUCCUGGCUCUCGUGGCGGAGUUGUUCGCAAGCCUCGCAUGACCAAGGCCGACAAGGCACAGAUGGAUCGCGAGAAGGCUGAACGGGAAGCUGCCUUCCUAAAGUCAACUAAUGGUGGUGGCAAUUAUAAUGUUCUUCAUCCUACCAGCCCUCAGUUCGCCGGCUUGUAG